ACUAGGAAACAAAAACACCUUAAUAAAGCCUCCUUUCUAGUAUUCCAGCCCAUGGCUUCGCAAGCAGAAAGCUUAUGGGAUAUUAUUUUAGCUUCCAAUUGCAAAGAUUUUAUUUGUCAAAACUAUUACCCUUUUGUAUUUCUUGUGGUUUUAAUAUGUAUUUCUUGGCUAUCUCUAUCUUUUCUCUAUUGGACUUACCCGGGCGGCCCUGCAUGGGGAAAAUAUUAUUUCUGGUCCAAAUAUUGCCCGAGUCCGAUACCCGGUCCACAUGGAUUUCCAGUAGUCGGUAGCAUGUACCUCAUGGCUGACCUUGCUCAUCAACAUCUAGCAGCCAUGGCAAAGGUGUUGAAAGCAAGACGGCUCAUGGCUUUAAGCCUAGGCGAAACACGGUUAAUCGUGACAUCCGACCCGGACGUGGCCAAAGAAAUACUCAAUAGUAGUGUAUUUGCCGAUCGUCCGAUCAAGGAGACAGCUUAUAGGUUAAUGUUCAACAGAGCCAUUGGAUUCGCGCCUUAUGGAGUUUACUGGAGAACACUAAGAAGGAUUGCAGCCACGCAUAUGUUUAGUCCCAAGCAAAUGAACACUUCAGAAGCUGAAAGAUCACGAAUUGCAGCCCAGAUAGUACGUGAAAUCGGGCGUCAAACAAAAGGAAGUGUUCGAGAAUGUUAUGAAAUCAGAAAAGUGCUCAAGCGAGCUUCUUUGAGCAACAUGAUGAGCUUGGUAUUUGGGCGUGACUAUGAGUCCUGCAUUAAAAAUAGUGAAGCAGAUGAACUUACUAAUUUUGUGGAAGAAGGUUAUGAUUUAUUAGGGCAACUCAACUGGUCUGAUCACCUACCAUGGUUCUCAAGUUUUGACCCACAAAACAUCACGCUCAGAUGCUCCAAGCUGGCUCCUCAAGUACACAGGUUUGUAACUCGGAUCAUAUCGGAGCAUAGAGCCUCCUCGCUUAAGAAGCUUCCCAGUGAAACAGCUCAUGCCUUUGUUGAUGUUCUCCUCUCUCAGCAACAGAAUAAUUUGUCAGAGGCAGAUCUGGUGGCCGUCCUCUGGGAGAUGAUAUUCAGAGGGACUGAUACUGUGGCUAUCAUGAUCGAGUGGAUUCUCGCAAGAAUGAUACUUCACCCCACCAUCCAAGCAAAGGUUCAUGAAGAGCUCGAUCGUGUGGUCAGAAACUCAAGAGCCAUAACAGAAUCCGAUAUAUCAGCAAUGGUCUACCUCGAAGCUGUAGUCAAGGAAGCCUUCCGGCUACACCCACCCGGCCCACUUCUUUCUUGGGCUCGUUUAGCCACCACUGUUACAACAAUAGAUGGAUACCAUGUUCCAGCAGGCAGCACAGCUAUGGUGAACAUGUGGGCCAUCACAAGGGACCCAUCCGUGUGGACAGAUCCGUUAAAAUUUGUACCAGAAAGGUUCUUGACCAAGCAUUCGAGGAAUGAUGACUUUUCAAUGAUGGGCUCGGAUCUAAGGCUGGCGCCAUUCGGGUCGGGCAUAAGAAUAUGCCCAGGGAGGUUCUUGGGUCUCACCACCGUCACCUUUUGGGUGGCGUCUAUAUUGCAUGAAUUCCGAAUAGUUCAGUCGGAUCACAAUCCUGUGGAUCUGUCGGAAGUACUAAGGCUUUCCUGUGAAAUGGCGAAUCCGCUUGUAGCUGUAUUUCUACCUCGGCGCAGAUAUGAUGUGUGGCGUUGAAGUCCUAUAUUUUACGAACGUACUCUGCUAAGUGCUAAUCUACCAUGUGCCGGUGUAUAUGACGUGUGUAUUUGUACAUUUGUAUUAUUUUAUAAUAUUGUAAGACAUGUGAACCGUUUGUAUUGCUUAGGAUCAUAUAAUUUUUGUACGUACUAGGAAUGUAACAUGAAAGACAAUUGCUGGAUAAUAUAAUAAUAAAACAAUACAAUUAAAGCAA